UUUGUGUUGUGUCAUGUUAUAUGGGUUUAGAAUAUUCGAGGUGUCGAGAAACUAUCGUUUAUAAUUACCAGUUGCUUUUGUGGGCGCAGUAGUGCGCUCAAACUAAAAUAACUAGUCAUUGCAGGUAAAUAUGGCGGAUGAUGUCCCGGUUGACUCAGGGCCCGAGAAAGUAGUUGAGGAGGAACCUCAAAAAAGCGAUGGGGAACUGAAAGUAGAGGCCCAGCCUGAACCAGAACCCCAGACACAACAGCCUACAGAACCCAAUCCCGAACCCCAAACUAAUCAAGAGAUAGAAAAUGGAGCAGAAGCUCCUCCCAAGAGAAAAAUUAUAAUUCACGUGAAAACACCAAAGGAAAAGGAAUCGGUUGAGGUUGACGAGGAUAUUCAAGUAAAAGAUUUUAAAGAAUUCAUAGCCCCAAAGUUUAAUGCCGAACCAGAGCAGUUGUGUUUGAUUUUUGCUGGCAAAAUAAUUAAAGAUGGAGAUACUAUACAAUCUCAUGGCAUUAAAGAUGGACUUACAAUACAUCUGGUUAUAAGAGCUGCUCCUCGUACUAGCGAUAACAACCCACAACGUCCUCCAGCUGAUAUUGGUGCAACACCUUUUAAUUUAGGCAGUUUGGGAGGUCUGGCCGGCUUAGAAUCAUUAGGUUUAGGUUCAGCUAAUUUUAUGGAAAUUCAGAACAGAAUGCAAAGUGAACUGCUUUCAAAUCCAGAUUUACUUAGGUCACUAUUAGACAAUCCUUUAGUUCAGAGGUUAAUGAAUGAUCCAGAAAAUAUGAGAGCACUAAUAACUCGCAAUCCUCAAAUGCAAGACUUGAUGGAAAGGAACCCGGAGAUUAGUCACAUGCUUAAUAAUCCUGAAUUGUUAAGGCAAACUAUGGAAUUAGCUAGGAACCCUUCAAUGUUGCAGGAACUAAUGAGAAGUCACGAUAGAGCCAUGAGUAAUCUGGAAAGUAUUCCAGGAGGUUACAAUGCACUACACAGAAUGUACAGGGAUAUUCAAGAACCGAUGUUAUCAGCAGCAACUGAACAAUUCUCUCAGAAUCCAUUCUCUGGAGUGUUGGAUAAUACUCAAAUUAACAAUCCACAACAAGGUACAGAAAAUAGAGAACCUUUACCAAAUCCAUGGAGCAGAGGAUCUCCCAAUCAACAACCCUCACCCACCACACCUGGAAGGAACGUUGUUAAUAAUCCUCCUAUGUCGAGCUUAUUGCAACAAGUAUCAGAAAAUCCUUCUAUGAUUCAAAACAUGCUUUCUGCUCCUUAUACUAGAUCUGUUAUGGAUGCAAUGGCAGCUGACCCCAACAUGGCAAACGCACUGUUAGCCGACAAUCCUCUGUUGUCCAGAUAUCCACAGUUGCAAGAGCAGAUGAGGACCAUGAUGCCUCAAUUUUUGCAGCAGUUACAAAACCCAGAAAUGCAAUCAUUGAUGACCAAUCCACAAGCAUUGAAUGCUAUUUUACAAAUACAACAAGGAAUGGAUGUUUUAAGGCAACAGGCACCUUCUUUAAUAAACACGUUUUCGCCACAAAUGCCUUCUACACCGGGCACUACACCAACUACCCAGAGUAGUACCACUGAAGGGAGUACACCAACUACAAAUACACCAACUGUAACUAGUGCAACUCCUGGUUCUGGAACUGGUGGUGCAGCGAGUAGUGGUGAUCCAUUUUCUGAGUUUAUGGCACGUAUGGUGGCAGGUAUGACAGCUGGAACAGACCAAUCACUACCCCCUGAACAGCGCUAUCAACAACAGCUGGAACAAUUGACAGCCAUGGGAUUUUUGAACCGAGAAGCAAAUUUACAGGCCUUAAUAUCAACGUUUGGAGACAUAAAUGCUGCGGUGGAGAAGUUGUUAGCUUUGGGUCAGUUGUCUAUGAGCUAACCUUUUUAAUAUUACUUUAUAUUGCGUUAAGGAUGUUAGUCUCCUUUUUUAAUUAUCUUUCGUGCGUUAUUCCAACUCGUUUCCGCUAUCGAAAUUUUUUUUAAGCUGAUUGUCGUUGACUUUUUUAGAGAAUAAUUCUUUUUUCUUGGUGUUUUUGCUAUUAAAAUAAUAUUUAUAUUUUUUUUGGUCCAACGAACAUCAAUUAUUUUAAAAGAUUUAAAAUCGAUUUAUUUUAUUUAUAGAUUCUUAAAAAUACUCUUUAAGUAUUCAAUUUGGGUCAAAAUUAUGGGAGAGGUCAACAAGAAAAAUAUAAAAUAUAAAUAAGAGGUUUGCUUUGUUUAUUUAUUUUGUUAAUUUCAAUAUAACUGCUGCGAAGGUAUUCAAAUUUAUUUCGAUAGUUGUAUUAGUAAGAAUAUUUUACAACUACACAUUUCAACCGCGAUUUUGGUUGUAGUUAUUUACUCAUUAUUUUACAUGAAUUUCGACUGUCGAAAUGAGUUAGAAUAAUGCUUCAGGUGUAGUGCUGUUUCAUGUACUAUUUUUUAUCAUCAGCUUUUUUUUAUUUGCUAAAAGUCAAGCCAAACAUUUUAUCUUUAUAUUAUAUAUGUAACUACAUAGAGUUCAGUUAUAGGAGUGAGUGAAAAUAUAUUGUGGUAUUAGUAAUAAAUAUUUAAUAGGUAUUUUGUAGGCUACUGUAAGUUCGAAAUAUAUAUUUUUGAUGCCUAAAUAGCAGAUGUAGUAUUCGAAAUUCACUAAAUUUGUCUAUAUAAAAGUGAUCAUUGAAUAAAUAGCGAUACAAAAAGACUGUGUAGCUAAAUUAUUCUGUGAUUGAUCUCUAUUAAAAUAUAUUAACAUUUUUUAUCGGUGUUUUCUGAUAUUGUUGGGCCAUGCUUUUAAAUGUCAAUAAAGAAAUAAA